GGAGAGAGGGUGUGACAUCAAGACUGAGAGAGGGAGAACAAACAGCAGCGUUUGAGGACAUGACAGAGAUCAUGUUUCCGUUGCUUCGUGAGUAGAUGACCCUGAGAAUGUGGGGCUGCUGUGACAUAUGCAUGGAUCUUAGUGAGGAGUUGCACUGUGACAGAGCUUGAGGAGUGUGAAGAGACACGCAGUGGACGUCCUCAUCUUUGAAUGCUGCACAUGUCCACCGCUGCUGGAUGUAGAGUCGUUGGGUUAUCAUGAUAUGGAUGAAGGAUGGCUGCUUUCUGAGGAGGCUUAGAUAUGGGCUUUUCAAAUGAAGCAGAGAACUGAUAGAAAUCAUUUUAAGGACCAAAAACAUUCAGUCUCUGAGACAUUGAACUCCUCUUAGCGCAGUAGUCCAUUCAUGCACAAGGACAGAUUGACAUUUAAAGUAGUGUAAGGUUCACAUCCCUCACACCCAACAGAGACGUGAUGGCGGCAGCAGCAGGUUCAAGCUCCCAGCUCCCUACAAGCGAGGACCGGUGGCUGGUGGACAAGACCCUCAAAAGAUUGGAGAAACUCCACGAGCUGAGCAUGAACCCCCGCCUGGGCCUAAAGAACAGUCCACCGUACCUGCCCGAGCUGGUAUCUGAGACGACAGCGCUGCUCACGCAGGUUUGGGAGCCCUACAUUGGGUUUAAGGCCACAGACAGACAAGUGCCCAGGGGAGACGAGGCCAGCUACCUGAGGGUCCAUGUCAGAAACCUGCUGGAUAAGACAGACAGGGCCGUGCUGCUGUUCAAAGAAGGACGGGAGAAGAUAUUUGAGGAGACAUCCAGUCACAGGAGAAACUUGACCAAACUGUCUCUGCUGUUCAGUCACAUGCUGUGGGAGAUGAGGGCCAUGUUUCCAGAUGGAUCUUUUCAGGGUGACACCUACAAGGUGACUAAGACAGAGGCCGAGAAGUUUUGGUGGCAUUCGUUUGGCAACAAGUGUGUAGUUCAGUGGAACAGCUUUAAAGAGCAGCUGCGGAGUGUGCAUACGUUUAAGGAAGGGAUGGAGUCCAUGGCGCUCAAAUCAACCAUUGAUCUCACCUGUAAUGACUACAUCUCUGUGUUUGAGUUUGACAUCUUCACCAGACUGUUUCAGCCCUGGAAGUCACUUUUAAGGAACUGGAACCAACUAGCAGUGACUCAUCCAGGCUACAUGGCUUUCCUCACCUACGACCAGGUUGUAGCUCGUCUGGAGCACUACCUGCACAGGCCUGGAAGCUACAUCUUCCGACUAAGCUGCACAAGAAUGGGCCAGUGGGCUAUUGGUCACGUGACCGCUGACGGCAACAUCAUCCAGACCAUCCCAGAGAAUACACCUCUCUAUCUGGCGCUCAUUGAAGGCUUCAGUGAGGGCUGCUACCUGUACCCUGAUGGCCGUGAAGUGAACCCCGACCUGACGAGCUUGUGUGAACCAUCCCAGAGGAGCAAAGUCAGAGUCACAGAAGAGCAGUACGAGCUUUAUUGUGAGAUGGGCAGCACCUUCCAGUUGUGUAAGAUCUGUGCAGAGAAGGAUAAGGACACUCGCAUUCAACCCUGUGGGCAUCUCCUGUGCCAACCCUGCCUCACAGGCUGGCAGAAAAAGUCAGCGGGCAACACCUGUCCAUACUGUCGCUGCGACAUCAGAGGGACUGAAUCCAUUCUCAUCGAGCCCUACCUGCCAAGCAGUUGUCACCGCGAGGAGGAGAGUGAGGAUGAUGCUGAGGACGAGGAAGAGGAGGACCAUGAGGACAUUGAACUUGUGGUAAAAGAAAUGGCUGCCUUGAGGAAGCUCUCAAGUUUUGAUUACCAGGUGCCCAGCUCCCACCUCUGCGCUCCAUCUCUGCCUCCCAAAAACAUCAAGACCCCACGCUCUUCAAAUCCCACCAGUCAGCCCCAGACACCAAAAACCAAGGCUCACGAUGUCAGUGAAGCACAGAGGAGACGCAAACAACAAGCAACAAGCAGGAGUCAGGAGGAGUCACACAGCAGAGAGCACGAUGACGACUCUGGCGGCCUGAGGUUGCCUAUACCACAAUCACUCUCCCACAGCGCUGAGCACCUUACAGAGGGGACGGCGUCUUCGUACCGGGGAGGUAGCAACAGUGCUGCCGCAUGGUUCGGACCCUCCAACCAAGUCAAAGAGAGAAGAAGGAGAAUUGGUCCCAGAAAAGAUCAACUUGGCCUCGGUGAUAUGACGAGAACAAUGUCAUCCUGACAAAGACUCUAAAUAAAACGAGAGCAACAUGGAGACGAGGAAACAAGAGUGUGUGUGUUGCAUGGUACGACUGAAACCUUGUCCACUGAGGCCUCCUGCUGUUUAAUAAUCUCACUGCCAUUAUCUCCAGAGUAGGUUCAGCACCGAUUCAUAAAUAAAGUCACACACUUCUCUUGUCGUCAUAAUUAAAGUAUUUUUAGAGAUACAAUCCAAUUAUCAAAACUAAUGAAAGGCUUGAUAUUUGAAAAUGUAAAUAUCUGGACACAAAAAGGAAACAAGAGUCAACAUGUGAAACAUUAGAAAUAUGCUACCUCAUCUUUUGAACUGUAAAAUGAUUGUGUUCUUAUAAUUUAUGUAAGUAAAUCAAUCAAAAAACCAUAUAUGGUACUAAAACCAAACAAAUAAACUUGCA